AUGUCCCGACGAAGUGCUAGAACAGCUCUACAACCCACAGCCGCCAACCUCGCGCCCCAGUCCACCUCCCUUCCUCCCGCUGAACCAGUCAAGGCCGAGUAUCCGCCCAAGGCAGCGAUCAUGGCGGCGCUCAUGACGCCCGAGGAUGACGAGGAGCUUACCCCUCCACCUUCCUCGCCUGUGCCUCAGAGAGAGGAAGCGGUGGAUGAGGCGGCCGAGAAGGUGGUAAACAAGCGCAAGAGGGCGGUUAAAGCCAAGGAGCCACGAGAGGAGGAGCAAUAUGAAGAAGAGAGCGAGCUGGAAGAAAAGCCAAAACCCAAAAAGCGUGCUAUAAAGAAGAAGGCUGUCAAGACAGAAGACGAAGCGGAGGGUGGUAAACCAGAAGGAGACAAGCCGAAGAAGAAGACACCCAAGAAGAGCAGGAUCGCCAAGGACGAGCCCGAAUAUGAUGAGGAUGGCAAUGAGAUUGUCAAGAAGAAGCGGAAGCCGAGGGUAUACCCCAAGAAGGUAUAUGAAAUUCCAGACGUGGAGCGAAAGACGACACAUUUCAAAGGGAGGCUGGGAUACGCUUGCCUCAACACCGUGUUGCGGGGGACAAAGCCUGACAGCAUCUUUUGCUCAAGGACCUGUCGAAUUGCAAGCAUCGAGGAAGAAGGCAUGGAACUGCCCAAAGGUCUCGCGAUGAUGAAUGUCCGCGACCUCAAGACCUUGAUCCAGGCGCGUUCUCUCGGUCUCUUCCUGUGGAACGAGGACAACAAGAUCCGCUUCAUGCGCAUGUCUUCUGAAAUGUUUCCUUUCGCCUCUCACGCCAAAUACGGUUAUGACCUGGCGUUCGCGGGCGAGGCGUUGAAAGAGGCAGGGGACUUGGCCAAGCAGUAUGGACAUCGAUUGACCAUGCAUCCUGGACAGUUCACACAAUUGGGAUCACCAAAGAAGGCAGUCAUUGAUUCUUCGAUCCGCGAAUUGGAAUAUCAGUGUGAGAUUAUGGAUAGAAUGGGGCUCGACCAAGACGGUGUUAUGAUUAUACAUAUGGGAGGUGUCUAUGGCGACAAGGAAAGCACGUUGGCCAGGUUCAAAGAAAACUUUACCACGAGGUUGCCUGAAAAUAUCCGCAACCGAUUGGUGCUGGAGAAUGACGAGAUCUGCUACAAUGUCGAUGACAUCUUCCCUCUCUGCGAGGAGCUCUCCAUUCCCAUCAUCUUUGACUACCACCACGACAGCAUUCACCCUUCCUCCUCUCCUCCUUCGGUUCUCAUCCCAAAGAUCGCCGAGCUCUGGAAAAAGAGAGGCAUCAAGAUGAAGCAGCAUUUGAGCGAGCAAAGGCCUGGAGCCGUGAGCGUGAUGGAGAGGAGGGCACACUCCGACAGGUGUCAGAAUCUACCGGAAGAGCUGCCCGAGGACGUGGAUUUGAUGAUUGAGGCAAAGGAUAAGGAGCAGGCUGUGUUUGAGUUGUAUCGAAUCUAUGGGCUUGAAGAUGUAUUUCACGACAAUUUGCGUCCCCCUGACCCCAGUCCCAGCAUGCACACCAAGGGCAGGAAGAGCAAUCUCAAAAAAAAGGUCAAAGAGACGGGCGAAGUCGACUCGCAAGGGGAGCCCAUCCAGCUCACUGAGAUCGAAAAAGAAGGCGACGGAGGUGAAGGAGAUGAUGCUACUUUACCCGCAGCCGAGGAUCCUGGCAUGGAGGUUGACGGACUAGAGAAGGAGGGUGAGGGUGACGUCAGGCCAAAGAAGAAAAGGGCGCCCAAGGCGAAGAAGGAGGAGGCAGUGGAGGAGAAAGGAGAAAAGCCGAAAGCGAAUAAGAAAGGCACGAAAGUGGGGGCGGACAAGACUGGCGAUGAGGGAGAGAAGCCGCCUCACAAGAAGAGAGGUAGACCCAAGAAGAACGAGGCGCCAGUCAAAGCUGAAUAG